CCGCUGACGGUGUUGUUUCUGCUACAUGGCCGUGAGCAGAGUGUCCAGACACACUCCAAGGAGAUCGCGUUCAAGUUGCUGGAUGAGUAUAAAGGCCCGUCACCAUUGGUUGUUAUCUGCUGGGAUCAACGUAACCACGGUGCUAGACUCAUUGACCCUGUGAGAAACACCUCUUGGGCACAAGGGAACGAUAACCACGGCACUGACAUGCUUUCCAUCAUCGCAGCCUCGGUGGAGGAGCUGAAGUUGCUGGUUGACUACUUACCAACGGCGUUAGAUCUCUCUCUGUUUGACGUCAAGAGAGUUGUUAGCGGCGUGUCGAUGGGCGGUCAUGUCACUAUAAGAUCCGUUGCCAAGUAUCCACAACUGUGGGAUGGUGCUGCUCCCAUUGUGGGAUGCUUUGACCUGUCCUCACUAAUGCUGAACAGGCUACACAACUUUGGAGAGGCAAAUCUUUAUCUAAAGAGAUACAAGGACUUGCACGUUGAUCCUCUGAAAUACCCGGAGGCGUUGUUUGAGCUUGUCUCUAACGACGAUCAGCUAGUGCACGAUCAAUACAUCUCCAACAACGUCAAAACCCUGGCAGUCUUCGGUAAAGAUGACCCCCUGGUGCUUCCAAUGUACUCAGAUUCCUUCCUC